CCGUCCUCUGUUCUAUCUCCUCUCCUCAAGAAGGAGGACGCGUCUCCUUUUGUCUACUACGAUAAAAACACAAUCGCCAUUUUGUGGAAUCAUCGCCACUCUUUGAUAUGGAUCAACACCUCCGUUUCUUCUCACGACCAACUCGCGAACUUCAUUUCAACUCUCCAACCAACUAACUCGUCCCAACGCGCGAACGUGGCAAACCAUUCUCCCGGCAUCGCCCGCUUCGACGUCGGCUCGCCCAUAUUGUUCGUACAGCCCUUCGCAGGUAACGUGCGUACACUCCGCUGCUCCCAUUCGUCAACCAAUCGAUGUACACACAUAUGAUUGAUUACGGCGAACAUGCGUCUGGAUACAUCAAGCUGUUUGUAGUACAGGAGAACGGGUGUCUGGAUGUAUGGCGAGAAACCGAAGCAGGAUUCGUCGUCGAAGAAGCAACGCGUCUUCCCAUUUCAUCCGAGAAAAUCAUAAGCUGCGUCAUCACUGACAGCCACAUCUAUUGGGCGGAAAAAGACGUUGACGAACGCCCACCGAACACUUGGGCUCUUUUUGGUUUAGAACGUCGUAAAACUGAUCGUCAAAAAAAUUUUGAAAAUCCUUCAGCUUUUUCGAACACUCCCGAUACGAAUCGUCUUUUCGAUACUACCCGUGUCUCUGAACCGCUACUGCUUCUGGAAGAAUCCAUCGAAGAAUUGGCUCUGGCACAGGAAAACCAAAUUUGGAUAUUCACUCGAGAUGUCAAAAAUCGUGUUCGACGCCUGUUCCUCUAUAGCCACCUGAAAACCGAAAAUCUGGUCGAUUAUCACUUGCCAGAGCAUUCGCUCGAAGAGGUUCAUUCAAUCACUCGCGAGGUGCUUCUUCUCGACACAAAUAGAGGAAAAUUAUACGCCGCCACACAUACCAAUUCUAACGAGCUGACGCACUUGUCGAACCUUCAAACCAGUUCGCACCUCACUGGUGAGCGCAUGCACAUUCAUCAGCAUACCCUAUGCUUGUUGCGUUGCUCGGAGUUGAAGUUGUACGAUUUGAGGAGCGGUAUCUUGGUACAACUUUUGAACUUGCCUCAACUUGCUUCUACUGAUGAGUUUAAUUUUUGCAAAAGUCUGAUUCCCUCCAGCGACUGCCCGAGCGGCGUGUGGUGUGAGAAGGGACUUUGGCAAGUCAAACAACCAUCCGUGUUAAAAUAUGUCGAAUUUUUGCUAAACUCUUCGACCGAAACUCCCAACUCCGAGAGUACUGUCUCUCCACAAACAUCGGCAGCUCUUCUGUGUAGGGACUGGCACCUAAAGACGGAAGAAACUGUAUGUUGGCUCAAACAAAUCGACCUUCUAUACCAAAAAAAAUCAUUGAAUGACCGAGAGUUUCAUUUGCUUCUUCAAGCGUGCGACGCCUCGUUCGACCAUUUGGAAUCUCCUGCCAUUCUGAUAUCUGUGCUGCAGAAAAUGAGAGCCAAAAGUCACGCAAAAGCGUUCGUCGAACGGCUCGUUCGCCACAGAAGUCAUAUGUUGAAACACCUGUCGCUCACCACACCGCCCAGUUUCCCUAUUUCGUCACUAAUUACUCAAUAUCUAGACACCACUGACGAAAAGAUGAUAAGCAAUAUGCCUCUUCGUUGGGAAGAUCGAAUUCAACAAUUUCAGACCGAAGAAAAAUUCAAUCAAUUGAUAAAAACAAAUCUUCAAACUUGGGAUCUCGAUCAAAUCGUUCUUUUUCUCAGCCGUAUAGAUGCCAGACACAACUUUGGCCUGCGCAUCAUGGUUUUGCGUCUCCAAGAUGCUGUCCCUUACGGCCGCCUUGAAGUCGGCUCUUUGUUCACUGUCCAUGUUGAAGGAGUUCACGAGGUUGCUGACUAA